GAGAGUAUUUUGCUAGCCAUUGUAAAGAUUAUCAUCUCAUAAGAGCAUAGGUAUUUUACUUCCUCUUGAGAGGAACAGAGCCCGGGUAUAAAGCUUAUGUAAUGCAAAUGCAUGUGAUAGUGUGUGGAAAAACAUUUAGUUACAAGUGGUUGUAUUUUGUAAUCUACUGAUUGUAAUCUGUAUAUAUCUGUAUCCCUAAAAUUGAGAAUUUGUAUCUCUAGAAUUAAGGACAGAAUAUCGGGAUAAACAAUUCCUUGAUUAUAGGGAUUAGAUUUAGGAAUAUUUAGUUUCUUAGUUUACUCUCCAGUUAGUUGUAUUUAAAUCUAUGGUGUUUGUAUGAUUCAAAAUACAAGUUUUCAAUAUACUCUCAUUUUUCACAUGGUAUCAGAGCUUUAGACUCUUCUUGGGAAGAAAAUUUCUCAGCCUUCAUUGCUGAAUUUUUAGGCCUUCAUAGCCAAAUUCUGUUAAGUCUAUCAUACUUUUAUUUUGUUCCUCUUUUUUUGGCCUUCAUUGCCUAUACUUGUUUCAGUCCUGAGAAAGGUAAUCAUGUUAGAAAUAGCAGAAUCUACUGCUACUACUCGAUUUGGAGAAGUAACAACUGGCCAAACCACAGCGAAAUUACAGAAUAUCCAAGCUGCAUACAGGUUGAAUGGAAAGAACUACUUGAAGUGGUCUCAAUUGGUUCAAACCUUUCUAAAAGGGAAAGGAAAAUUGAGCCAUCUUUUUGGCACUGGUCAUGAGAAAGGAGAUCCAAAAUUUGAGGCUUGGGAUGAAGAGGAUUCUAUGGUUAUGUCAUGGCUGUGGAAUUCUAUGAUGCCAGAUAUUAGUGACACUUGUAUGUUUUUGUCCACGGCCAAAGACAUUUGGGAAUCAAUUCGUCAAACCUAUUCCAAAGUUAAAGAUGCUGCUCAAGUCUAUGAGGUCAAGAUCAAGACUGCAGCUCUCAAACAAGGGAAUAAGUCAGUCACAGAGUAUGCUAUUCUUCUUAAAAAUCUUUGGCAAGAGAUGGAUCACUACCGGUGCAUAGAAAUGAAGUGCAGUGAAGAUGCAACAACUUUGAAGAAAUUUAUUGAAAAAGAUCGAGUCUAUGAUUUUCUUGCUGGACUGAAUGUUGAGUUUGAUCAAGUCAGAGUCCAAAUUCUGGGAAAACAGGAUCUGCCCUCUUUAAAUGAAGUGAUAUCCAUGGUUAGAGCAGAAGAGAGCAGAAGAGGAGUGAUGCUUGACAGUGUGCAUGUAGAAGGAUCUGCUAUGGUCUCUAAUGGUGGGAAGAACCAAAGCUUAGAACAAUUACCAGUCAGUGAGAAUGGGAAGGGUGAUUCGGCUAAAACUUCAAAUCGCGACAAUCUUUGGUGCACUUAUUGCAAGAAGCCAAGGCACACCAGAGAUCGUUGCUGGAAACUACAUGGAAAACCUUCAACUUCAAGCAAAGAAUGGGGUUAUAAAGGAGGACAGCCAAGAAAUCAAGGACAAGCUAACAUGACUGCAAUGGAGUUAAACUAGGAGAAGUCUCAGGAAUAAGGAGAGUUGGAUAAAAAAGAGAUUGAGAAACUGAGAAGCCUAUUGGGAACUCUUGAAAAGGCUACUGGUGUAUGCUCCUUGGCACACUCAGGACCAGGGUUCGGGGAAGAGGAUUGGACUUGCUAAGGAGAAGGAUG